CUGGCGCACCUGGGCAGCGGCCAGCGCGAGAGAAGCGGCGAUGGCGGCGCACGGCUGGCUCUGGGGCUGCCUCUUCUUCGCAGGUUGGGGGUCCCUGGUCCUGGGUGAAGCCCCCCUGGAAAUGGAAGUCCGUGAGAACGGAGCUGUGAGCCUCCCUUGCAAAGCCAUACUGUUGCAACCCAACCCAACACGCCAAGAGUGGAAGUUCCAGAAAGAUGGCCUCACUCUGCUCUUCUAUCAUGCCAAUAAGUUCACAGAUAACUACAAGGAUCGGGCCACGUUCACCCCAUAUGAGAUCCAUCUCAAGUCGGUGACCCGCAAAGACUCGGGCACGUACAUUUGCGAAGUCCUCGGACAAUCUUUCGCGCAGUCGGAAGUGAAGCUGAUUGUGCAAGUGCCGGCCGCCAAGCCCACCGCCCACGUCCCUUCGGUGGUGACCAUUGGAAACAAGGUGGUCUUGAGAUGUGAGGAGACAGACGCCAACCCCCGGCCGACUUUCAAAUGGUUCAAGGACAACAUCCAGAUGCCCCCGGAUCCCAAAACCAGCACCAUCUUCAAGAAUUCGUCCUACACCAUCGAUUCGGACACAGGCGUGCUGGCCUUUGAGCCCGCCACGGCCCUGGACGCUGGCGACUAUUCCUGCGAAGCCGAGAACAAGGUGGGGCCCCCCCAGAGGUCGGAGGUGAUUCACAUGGAAACCAGUAAACUCAACGUGGGUGGGAUCGUGGCGGCCGUGGUGGUUCUCCUGAUCAUCCUGGGACUGAUCAUUUUCGGCGUUUGGUUCGCUUACAAUCGGGGCUAUUUUAGCAGUAAGUGGCCAGUUGCACCCUUCUUGUUUUCACAGACCAGGAAAAUCCUAAUUUUGUGGGGGGUAGGUUGUAAUCCUGUUUCUUUAAUAACCCCAGCCCUCUGAGCUGUGGGGGCAUUG